GUGCCACGAGUCUACAUUGUAAGUCAGUAAUUUGUUAGUGAGGAAAACCUGCCCGAGGGACAGCCAUCUCGAGCGCGGAGUGAUGGAAGCGGAGGUACGUACGGCGUCGUUGUGCUCUGUGGCAGUGGCCAUUGUUGUAGGUUGAGGAAAGAAUACAAGAAACGGGUAUCAAGCUGUGAAGGCAGAAACAAGACCCAGGGACAAAUCCAGUGCGCGAUGGGGUUGGGAGAUCUGGGGCACGGAGGGCUAAAGAAGGUCCCCUCAAUCUGGGGAAGGUCGACUGAUAUAUGCCCAGGUUGGCCGGUCCGUGAGCUCUGAGCAGAACGACGUGUGCCAGGAGCCCCGGAAGCGUGCACAGCUCUAGCUCCAGACCCAAGCCGUGUUAAUUAUGCCAGAACGGUGCUAAAGCGGGCCAUUCAAAUCACUUUCCCCAUCUUUUCCUCCCCAUGCCGGGUAAAGGAGUGGCCGCGGGCUGCUGGGAUCAGUCGAAUGAACGAUGGCGCUGCAUCGACGCAUCAGCCACCUCUACGGUGGAUCGGCGCCAGUGCCAGUGGACUGAGAGCCGAGGCGCCGGACGACCGACAGCAGACAAAGAGGCCUUCGCGGCGGGUGCGCCAACCGACAUCAUCUUUCGAUGCUCUCAUGAGGCCAUGUUCCUGGCCGCGGGCGCGGAGCCAGCGGAGCAACGGCAGCAGCGAGUGCAGUGCCGAGCUGGUCGCCGUCCAGAGAGCCCGACGUUUCGACGUGCGCGCCGUCCCCUCGAUUCUAGAAGCACGCGUUAUUGUGGUCAUCAAUCUCGUAACUCGGUGCUCUCGCGCCUGCAAAUUAGUGACUCUCGCAUGCCUGCAGACAUUGAUGCCCUGGUCGCAGGGCGACUCGAUAGCGCCGUGCAGUAGUAUGCAUCCGUCGCUCGCGGCGGCAGCAGGGCAGGGCGCGAGUAAGCCGUUUGGACGCGUCGAAAUACAUAACAAACACCACCAGGCAUCGCAUCCAUGGAUGCUUAGGGCUGGUCGCGACUCGCCGAGCUGUGCCUCGCUGUGAUGGGGGCGGGCCGAUGGCGAUGGUGAGCUCUCCGCACCGAUCAGCUGCUUGGUCUCCCGAAGCGAAGCUGCGCUGCGACUUGUCACUGCUGGGCAGCGCGAUCAGAGCUGCAAUUCGCCGGAAGGGGGCGGAAGCAUUAUUUCGAGCAGUCAAGCCGGGCGUUGCUCAAAACAAACGGGCGACGAUGGCAUGCAUGGUGGAGAG